UGGAGAACAGGCAAGAUCCCGGCGCGGGAGGCUGCUGUGAUCGAUUGGGCGGGAGCCCCAGAGGUACUGGUGGGAGUGGGAUUCGGGAAGACCUACGGUCGGGCAAGACAGGGACAAAGUGGCCUGGACGCAGGCACUGGUGGUGUUGGGGUGGAGACGAGGCUUCUCACCGCGUUCGCUGCCUGCACUCUCCCAACCUCCCUCCGGCUCCAGCUCAGUCCCGAGUCAGCAUGUCCAGUCCUCUGCCUCCGUCUGACGACUCCCAGUCCCUCCUCUGCAUGACGGCUUAACCCGACUGGUGAGCCGGGCAGAAACAGCUGCCACAGCCUCGGCCUGCAGGCUGGGCACCAAGCACCCUUGUCUGCCAAUGCAACCCGGCCCCCAGAGAGUCAGGCCCACAGAGCAUGCCCAUGUGGGCCGGCGGCGUGGGGAGCCCUCGGCGGGGCAUGGCCCCAGCACCCAGCGAUGACCUCUUCGCCCGCAAGCUGCGCCAGCCAGCCAGGCCCCCACUGACACCACACACCUUUGAGCCAAGGCCAGCUCGGGGCCCACUCCUGCGCAGUGGCAGUGAUGCAGGCGAGGCCCGACCCCCUACGCCAGCCAGCCCUCGGGCCAGGGCCCACAGUCACGAGGAAGCCAGUCGUCCUGCUGCAGCCCCCACCCGGCUCUUCACGGACCCACUGGCAUUGCUGGGGCUGCCUGCUGAGGAGCCAGAGCCCACCUUCCCACCAGUGCUGGAGCCCCGGUGGUUUGCUCACUAUGAUGUCCAGAGCAUGCUCUUUGAUUGGGCUCCACGGCCACGGGGAACAGGGGGCCAUGUGGAAUCCAGCUCUGGGACCCGGGCCUCAGCCGAGGACCAGGCUGCGAGCUCAGACCUGCUGCUUGGGGCACCUGGAUUUGUGAGCGAGCUUGGGGGUGAGGGCGAGCUAGGCCUAGGUGGGCCAGUGUCCCCACCUGUGCCCCCUGCACUGCCCAACGCAUCAGUGUCUGUCCUGGAAGAGCCACAGAACCGGACUGCGGCCUACAGCCUGGAGCACGCAGACUUGGGUGCUGGCUACUACCGCAAAUACUUCUAUGGUAAAGAACACCAGAACUUCUUUGGGAUGGACGAGGUGCUAGGCCCGGUGGCAGUAAGCCUGCGGCGGGAGGAGAAAGAAGGCAGCGGAGGGAGUACCCAGCACAGCUACCGCAUCAUCGUCAGGACCACACAGCUCCGGACCCUCCGAGGCACCAUCUCAGAGGACGCACUGCCACCAGGCCCCCCACGAGGCCUGUCUCCGAGGAAACUUCUGGAGCAUGUGGCACCACGAUUAAGCCCAACAUGCCUGCGUCUGGGCUCAGCUUCCCCCAAGGUGCCUCGCACCCUCCUUACACUGGAUGAACAAGUGCUGAGCUUCCAGCGCAAGGUGGGCAUCCUGUACUGCCGGGCCGGCCAGGGCUCAGAGGAGGAGAUGUACAACAACCAAGAGGCGGGGGCAGCCUUCACGCAGUUCCUCACCUUGCUGGGCGAUGUUGUGCGGCUCAAAGGCUUUGAGAGUUACCGGGCCCAGCUAGACACCAAAACGGAUUCCACGGGCACGCAUUCCCUCUACACCACGUACCAGGACCAUGAGAUCAUGUUCCACGUGUCCACGAUGCUGCCUUACACCCCUAAUAACCAGCAGCAGGAGCCGGGCAGCAAGCCCUUCUGCCCUACCACCAUCCGUUCGCACUUCCAGCAUGUGUUCUUAGUGGUGCGGGCGCAUGCUCCCUGCACGCAGCACACGUCCUACAGGGUGGCUGUGAGCCGCACCCAGGACACUCCAGCCUUUGGACCAGCUCUGCCCCCGGGUGGAGGUCCCUUUGCAGCCAACGCUGACUUCCGGGCCUUCCUGCUCGCCAAGGCUCUCAAUGGUGAGCAGGCAGCCACACAUGCACGCCAAUUCCAUGCCAUGGCUACACGCACGCGCCAGCAAUACUUACAGGACCUGGCUACCAAUGAGGUGACGACUACAUCGCUGGACUCAGCUUCCCGCUUUGGCCUGCCCUCCUUAGGCGGCAGGCGCCGGGCGACCCCUCGGGGACCAGGCACUGAGCUGCAGGCGGCGGGUGCACUGAUGUGGGGCGUGCGCGCAGCUCCAGGGGCUCGGGUUGCGGCCGGAGCCCAAGCAGGAGGACCCGACAGUGCCGAGCUGCCGUGCCUGCUGGGCAUUUCGGCGGAGGCACUGGUGCUGGUGGCGCCACGGGACGACCGCGUAGUCUUCAACUGUGCCUGUCGUGAUGUGCUGGCCUGGACCUUCUCUGAGCAGCAGCUCGACCUGUACCACGGCCGCGGGGAGGCGAUCACCUUGCGGUUCGAAGGGGACCCCGGUCAAGCGGUGGGCGAGGUCGUGGCGCGCCUGCAGCUGGUAAGCCGAGGUUGCGAGACCCGGGAGCUGGCGCUGCCCCGCGACGGCCAGGGCCGCCUGGGCUUCGAGGUGGACGCAGAGGGUUUCAUCACGCAUGUGGAGCGCUUCACGUUUGCUGAGACUGCUGGGCUGCGGCCCGGGGCGCGCCUGCUGCGCGUAUGCAGCCAGACGCUGCCCAGCCUUGGCCCCGAGGCUGCUGCCCAGCUGCUACGCUCUGCACCCAAGGUCUGCGUCACUGUCCUGCCCCCCGAUGAGAGCGGCAGGCCCCGCAGGAGCUUUUCGGAGCUGUACACGCUGUCUCUGAAGGAGCCCAGCCGGCGGGGAGCUGCAGAACCUCUGCAGGAUGAGACCCCCAAGGUAGUCCUGCUGCCCACCACAAAGCAGCUGCUGCACCUAUGCCUGCAGGAUGGCAGUGGCCCUCCAGGGGCUGAAGAUCUGGCAGAAGAGAGGACUGAGUUCCUACACAGCCAGAACCCACCAUCGCCCCACAGCUCCCUGUCAGAUGAGGCCCCAGUCUUGCCUGACACCACCCCGGACCUCCUACUGGCCACCACUGCCAAGCCAUCGACACCUGGUGCUGGCAGAGAGAUACCUCCCUUCAAGGACCGGACAGGCAGCCCCAGUGGCCAUGAGGACUCAGCCCCAGAACUGAGGGCCUCCUUCUUGCCACGAACCUUGUCUCUGCGGAACUCCAUCAGCAAGAUCAUGUCAGAGGCCGGCAGUGAGACCCUGGAGGACGAGUGGCAGUCCAUCUCAGAGAUUGCCUCCACUUGCAACACCAUUCUGGAGUCACUAUCCAGGGAGGGACAGCCCAUCCCAGAGAGCGGAGACCCCAAGGGAACUCCAAAGUCUGAUGCUGAGCCAGAACCUGGGAGUCUAUCAGAGAAAGUCUCUCACCUGGAGUCCAUGCUCAGGAAGCUGCAGGAAGACCUUCAGAAGGAGAAGGCAGACAGGGCAGCCCUGGAGGAGGAGGUGAGGAACCUGCGGCACAACAACCAGCGGCUGCUGGCUGAGUCGGAGAGCGCCGCCACCCGCCUGCUCCUGGCUUCCAAGCAGCUGGGCUCCCCCGCUCCGGACCUGGCCUGAGCUCACCCACAGCCCCAGGCUAACUAUGGACCUACUUAGAACUGCCUGGGCCCGGCAGGGUACUUGGGUCACACCAGCCCUGGGCCCUCCUCAGGAUCCCUCCCUGCGCCAAGGCACGUCUGAGCACUGCCCCAACUCCCCAGUCCAUUUGGUGGCAAAGGUGCCCCUAUUCGUCCCUGUUUGUAAAUAUUUUGUGGAGACAAGGGGACGACAGGGAGUAAAGAAGCCACAGUAUCAGUGUCUGUA